CCACGUAUCUGGCCCCGAUUGCGCACCUUGGAUGAAAGCACGCAGGACAUUGAGCAUCAAGAGAUAGGAAAUUCACGCGAUCCAUUACUAAGGGGCGGACAACCGCCAGAGAGCUGAGACUCCUCGCAUACCGUGAAGUGCGGCUAUCCACCUCGCGCUCCUCGCGCCGGGACACAGGGCGACGGCUCGCACCCAUCGAGAAACAAUCUGACCGCAGCUGGGAGGUCAACGUUCAGACAGUGUUGUCACGAUGGUCUCGACACGGCAUCAUCCUAGGCCCUUUCCUGAAACACCGACACCCACCACGCCUUCCCAACCCAAGUCCUCGUCUUCGUCGCCACGAGACGUGUCAACCUCAGUAUUACCGACUUCACAGAACCGCGGAGUGACUCAAUCCUCUGGUGUCAGGCAGAAAGCAUCUGCUGUGGGAGGCAUUUCGCAUAGGGUGCCUCCAUUGCUUCUGGGGUGGCUUCUUGUGUCUCUACCUCUAGUUGUUUGGGACACAGGCUACAUCUUCCUCCGCCCACAUUCCAUGCCUGGUGGGAAAUUCCACUCACCCAUCUGGAAACCGUAUGCUCUUUACGGCACCGUGGACUACGUCUAUGGCUGGCCAGCUUGGAACAACCACGUCGGCUUCUCGGCGGCUCAGGCAUCGUUGAAUGCCGUUGAAACAGCAAUGUACAUCUAUUACUUGAGAGUCUUGUUCAACCACGGCGCCAAGAACUUCUUCGCAUUCCAGAAUCUGGACGAAUUCAUCAAGGGAUCUGACGAAAGUGCUAUCACCGGACCUGAUGUGGCCAUGGCAGUGCUUGUGCUAUUCUCGGCCGCUGUGAUGACGCUGAGCAAGACCAUUCUGUAUUGGUUCAACGAAUAUUUUGGUGGAUUUGCCAACAUCGGACACAACACUCCCUGGAAUUUGGUCUUACUAUGGAUCAUACCUAAUGGACUCUGGAUCGUUCUUCCCAUCUACAUGAUCUACGUGCUCGGAGAGGAGAUGCUUGCGCUUAUGCAAGGGUCCGCUUACAACAAGGCCAAGUAAUCACUCAACCAAUGCAAAAGUUACCCACGCUUUUCGCUUGCGGCUUUUUUGGCC